ACCAGAGUCCGGACGUUGCAGAUUUCCGUCGGACAUCCAAGUUUUCCGUGCGAGUGGUUUUCCCCCAAACGUCCUCCCCCCCUCUCCGUCUUCAUCAUCCCUGCUGGAGGCGAGUAGCGGUGCUGGUGUUGUUUGCUGGUAGUCGACCUGUUUCUCGGUUUUCCCUCGUCACCUUUGAUACUUUAAAAUCGCCGGUCCUGUCAAGGGGACACUUGGCCCGCUCUCUCUGCGCAGAUCUCCAAAAAUGCGACUCUCCUUCAGCUUCAAGCUGCUGCUCGUACUUCAGCUAGUACAACUGCCGUCUCGUGUUAUUAACGCACAGGAUACUGAAGUAUCGAGUACAACAGCCACAUACGAUGCUUGGAACGCGACGGGUAGUGAAGACAGUGUUUCGGAAGAUGAAGAAACAGAAGAAGUUGAGAAAAGGCUGCUGCCACAAUCCCCAUACCUGUACCGGCCGUGCGCGAGGCCCGGCUACCCAUGCUCUGGGAGAGGGUACCCCAGGAACUUCAAUGGGUUCUUCCCCCGACCGCGCUAUCCGGGGCACAGGCCACGUGAUGGGGACCUUUACGGCGAUUCUGGCUCAGUGAGUGAAUCAGUAGUGUUCCCAUCGGAGCCUUCAGACGGAUACUGUCGAUCUCCCUUGGGUGUUACUGGCCGCUGCAUUCCAUACCAGGACUGUCGAUUCCUCUUCGAUGAUGAGUUCCUUGCACGUCGCUCCUUGUGCGGGUUCACGCGCCGUGUGUCUCUGGUCUGCUGUCCGGAGACAGGCCGUCGACCACAGCGUCCAGGACUAGGCGGCUUUCCAGGAAUUGCACAACCGAAUAAUCCUUUCCCUACAGCGCCCUUCCCACAGACACGGCCAUUCAGGAACAACGGAGGAUUCGGCAGACCUCAGUUUGGACACAACAAUGGCUUCGGGAACAAUAAUGGCUUCGGCAACGGUAAUGGUUUCGGCAACAAUAAUGGUUUCGGCAACAAUAAUGGUUUCGGCAACAAUAAUGGCUUCGGCCACACUCGGAACCCAUACGGCAAUGGAGGAUUUCGUCCAACACGCGGAUUUAAUGGCGGUGGCUUCGGAACUACUAGACCACCAUAUAACAGAGGAGGAAGACCCCACGUGAAACCAUUCCCGUCUGCAGUGACCCCAUCGCAGAGACCUGUAUCCCUGUCGAACAGACCAAGUGGGAAAUGGGGACAAAGCAACUGUGGCAUAAGUAAUGCGCCCCUGGUGCGAAUCGUUGGCGGUCGGGAGUCUAACAUCGGUGCAUGGCCCUGGAUUGCUCUAAUCUUCAUCGAUGUCCACGGCACAGGGUCAAAGUCCCCGCUUUGUGGAGGUGCCCUCAUCACACCCAAGCAUGUCAUCACAGCUGCUCACUGCACUUUCAGCGGGAAUCGCUCUCUAGGUCCAGACGCCUUCAUCGCACGGAUGGGCGAGCAUGAUUACCUAAGCGAGGAUGAUGGAGCUAACCCCGUGGACGCUCGAGUAGCGGAAGUGCUUCGUCACCGUGACUUCAACCCCAAGACGUACCUCAACGACAUCGCGCUUCUAGUACUGAAACGGGCCGUACCUCUGGGCAACGGUAUCAACCUCAUUUGUUUACCGUACGGCCGUCUUCAGCACGAUACAUACGUUAACAAGUCGGCCAACAUCGCUGGAUGGGGAGAAUUAUAUUACGGAGGGCCGUCGAGUGCUUCUCUGCAGGAGACUCGAAUCCCAGUACAAAGCUUGGACACGUGCAAAGAAUCAUUUAAGAGGACAAGCAUCACUUUCACUGACAAUUAUCUCUGUGCUGGAAGUUUAGCAGGCGACAAGGAUGCAUGCCGAGGUGACUCUGGAGGACCACUGAUGCUUCUCGACAGCCAGCAGCGUUUUACAAUCAUUGGCAUCACUUCCUUCGGCCGACGCUGUGCUGAGCCUGGAUACCCCGGGGUGUAUACUAGAGUAGCCAAAUAUUUAGACUGGAUUAACCAAAGGAUAAACUAAGACUCUGCAAAAGCCCGACCUUUUUAAAGUAAUUUACGGGGGAACUUAUACUGCGUGUCCCAACGGCUUACUUCCAAGGGGGAUGCUGUCCGUUAGUGGCAACCGAACGCAAGACUUGCCGCACAUGAUCAGCAUGAUUUUCUCAAACUUCGUUGUGAAAUGCCGAAUCAUGUGUAGAGAAAGCGACAAGUUAUGCAUUUGUACAGCUUCAUAUUGACUGCGAGACUACUUUGGUAAUGGUAAACCUUCACCCAGGGUAACUACAACACGGAAUAUGAACUGCGGUACGGAGUUACACUCGUGUUUGCCGCGGCGUGGUCGAAUGUCUAUACCUUCGGUUCAGUGGCGAAUCCAGGGUGGAAGCGAUCGCUCCCCAAAAAUUAGUUAACAUUAGGUUUCCCUCUCUCCCCUCCAUCACUAGGUGCUUGGAGAAAGAAACCCCCACCCCCCACCCCAAUAUGAGGGUCUUGAUCCGCCCCUGCUUUGGUCACAAUGGUUAUCUAUUAGCGACGUCUACUUGCUCUACGUCUUCCUCCCUAUCGCUUCUAUUUCAUUGACAGGUCUGGCUCUCGGUAAAUAUGUUCUGCCUUGGCAUGUUCCCUCUCGUGGUGCUUCCCAUCACACAACCCUCCUAUACAAUUUAAUCGCUGCAUUUUCUCAGGGUACGUCAAUGUUCACAAAUGUUACAAGCCUUGUAAAAUGUAAAAGCACGAGUUCUAUAAUUUAUCAAUGCUUACACAUGAGAUUUAGGCAUUCUGAAGUAGCAUCGUACACAUGUUGGUUUUUAGCGAGUUCGUGUUUGUUAAUAUAAGUGACGAAGAAGCGUUUUGUACUCACUGUUGACCUUUCACUUGACCUGGGAUAUGACGUGCCUCAAGUUCAAGUAUACGACCAGCAGAAGGCGCAGAAUAUUACAGAGUGUUAGUCUGUGUGUUAGUGUGCGUGUUAGUGUGUGUGUUAGUGUUAGUAGACCGCUGAUAACGUCACUGUUAAGAUGUAGUACAUAUCGGACACAAUGACAAGCUAAAUGACACAGAAUCUGGCCCAUUGAUUGGGUGCAGUAGGUACGGUACUUCGGAAGCCACGUCAUCAAAGGUCUACUGACACUCUCUGUUAAUAUGCCCUUUCGUAAAACUAUUGAACCCAUAGGCUCGUUUCCGAACCCUUAUGGAUUCUUCGGCCUCGUCCUUCCAACGACUCUAAUUAGAAGUUCUCCAUACAAUAACUGAAGAGGUCUUCGCAAGAACCGAAAUGGGUUCUGUUCUCAACAAUUAUGUACAGUAUCACAAUGUCCUAUCCAUGUGUUCACCUGACCACCAACUGCACACAAGAGUAACCUAAACACCACAAAAAAUCAAAGCACCAUAAAAAAUGGAUAUUUGUUUUAGUUUGCAUUAUAAUUCAAACUCACCCAAAGACUCAGUAAACAAAAUAUAAAUCCCGUCAGUGAAUAUUACGGGCUUCCACGAAUUUUCGAAAGAAACCGCAAAACAUCAUAGUUUCGGAUUCUCCGGGAGUAGAUGACGUCAUGGACAGUUGGCGUCUCUCGUCUCCUAGCAACAGCGCGAGCGUCCUCGCUAUUCACCCAACGUUCGAAGUCUUGCAGUAGCUGUGGUGAGGAGGCAGAAACCUACCCACAGAGAGCAAUGUUGCCAGACGCACUGCAGAUUGCGUGCCCUAUGACGUCCUACUUCUUGAAACUAGAAAUUAAUGUUAUACUUCUGCUUCAUAGAGAAACAGUUUCUUUUUUUUUGGGGGGGGGGGGGGCACAGUGUGAGACACGUGAAUUGCGAUUGGCAUCGAUCCGGUUAGGGUCUGAAGAACCCACGAAGAACGCAUUCUUCUUGGUCUUUGUAGGAGCGGCAUGGUAUAUGCACUGCGAAUCCCGUCACUGCAUAAGUGUAAGAGAGAAAAAAAUAAAAAAAAUAACGCCCGUUCAUCAAGGACCCCAGUAAGCUGGCGUCUACGGUGCACUGUGUCUGCUGAGAAGUUUCGUGGAAAAAUCGUGGGAAAAAAAAUGGAGUUAGGUUGUACCUUUUCUGUAAAAAUCCUGUAUUUCAGUCCAUGUGUCGAAAUAUCUCAAGUGUUCAUCAAGUUUGUCUCCCGUGCGCGUACGCCCUAAGCCCCUAAUGUUUUACUACCUUCAUUUCCUCGUGUGACUGUCCUGAAACUCUUUCAUACACAUCCAUGUUCCAGCACGGACAUUUUGGCACUUCACUUCACGCAUGCUAUGAAAGGGAAAUGCAUUUCUGUCCUGUUACAACAUUCAAUAAAAAUCCUGUGAUAACCCUUA